AUGGAAAUCAAUCAAGAUCAAGUUCCGAUCACCAAUCCUCAGAUUCAGUCUCUAGCCACAUUCACUCCUUCAGCUGGACCAUCAAUAACUUCUAACAAUGGACUACCUCCUUCUCCAUCACCUGCUCAAUUUCUAUCAACACAUGCAUCAAACUCACCUAUGAUUCUAGUCGAACAAUCUAAUUCGAUAGCCAAAGCUUUGGAUGAUAUCUUUCAGUCUAUUACUUCUAUAGCUAAGCUUCAACUUCAACUUCGACACGUCAAUGCUGAUCGCUAUGUGGAUACUACAUCAAUCAUGUCUGCUUUGGUUAAUCCACUCAAUGAGAACAUUGCCUUAUUUGACUCGAAUCUGGAUGUCAUUGAAAAGUUUGUGACCCUAGCAAUGGCAGUUGUCCGACGUGAUAUGAGACGCGCGCAUAUGAUAUCUUUAUCUCAGAUGCGACAAGAGGCUUCCAGGAGAGAGUCAACUCAAUUAUCCCAACAAGCAGACCUAGCCGCUAACUCAGCAAUCCCAACAGCGCAACCAGAUGAACCAACUGGAACAAAUGAGCAGGUUAAGAUGGACAUAGAGAUGCAACAAAACUUACCAUCGGAAGCUUUGACUGUCGACGCCGUUUUAGAAAAUCGUCCGACUGGAAUUCCUCCAAUGAACCCUGAAGGCGAUCAGAACUCGAUCACAUUCAAGGACACAGUCAAUACCAUGGGGACCCAUACCGAUCUCUCUCAUUCUGAUACUGUCCUGGAUCCCAAUGCUUCAAAUGUGAAUUCGGCAUCUCAAGUGACUGAACUUCACCCAAGUCUAGAUCCGAAUCAAACAAGUUCUAUGGUACAAGACCCAUCCAAACGUCCGAUCACUCAAAUUAAUGAUAAUUCUAGCAUAAAUGAAACACUGGUUGGCUCACUCGUGCCAGGAAAUCAGACACCAAUCAUUAUCGAUGACGAAUCAGGCCCCCCCAAGAAAAAACUAAUGAUUGAUCUCAUCUCGCCUUCGCUAUCACCUGUCCCUCCUACCAACAAUCCUGGUGCGCCCAUCAAGAUCGUUGACAAUCAAGCGAUGCCCGCAUUGGCUCCUGCUCUUCCUAUCGGAGGCACUUCUUCAGAGACCACUGGUACCAUUCCCGUGUCAACAGUUCCUCUCACGCGCGAUCCUUCUCUGUCAACACUCCCUGAGGCUGUAGCAAUGGAAACCGUCAAUGCUGAUUCAAAGUCGAAGUCAGGCUCAUCGGAAUCUCCGGAUGGUGAUCUUUUUGGAGAUGGAAGUCUCUUUGGAUCGAACAAUAACUCGGCUUUACCAUCACCUCUGAACCCAUUGGCUCCUACUCCGGUUAUUCCACCUGCUCCCGAACCUAGAUCAAUGCUGGAUCUUUCUAGUUUUCUUACUAAUUCUGUUCCAUCCGGAUCGACUUCUGACCCACCUCCUAUCGGAUUGCCUGUUGAUAUAUCUGACUUUUUGUCAAACUAUACAUCAGAAACUAGAAUUCCUGAGAACAAGGAAACUAUUGGAACCGAAUUAGAUGAACCGGGUGUCAGUGGUGAACCUGCAUCUAGCCCUGGAUUACCAUCCGCAGAUCCUUUAUCACUCUUUACACCUACCCCUGCUGCAAAUCGCCAAGUUCCUCCUGGUCCAGCUACAGCUACUAAUCCAAAUCCUACAGAAGGAAAUCUGGUUGACUUGCAAAGUUUAGCGUGUCCGAUCGAACCUUCUAAGACCAACUGGUUGGUUGAUUGA